AUGCAAGAGCAAAAGACCGAACGAGGCCCGAGAGGCAGAUAUGCUCGUUUAAUCUGUCGCGGCUGCAGAGCGCGCAAAAUUAAAUGCGUGCUGCCUUCGCCCGCGGACUUGGGUCCACUGGGGACUCCACAGCCCGAAGCGACAAGCUGUGAACGAUGUCGCACUCUCGAUCUAGAAUGCAUUAUCGAGCGCAACUUUCUAGGACGUCCGCCAGCAAAAUGCGGAAAACGCGCAAAUAUUACUAGCAAAUCGCCUCCGUCGGACCCGCCCAAUUCCCCGCAUGAGGAGAAGGCAUCUAGCCUCUCGGACUCGAUCCGGCAGUAUCUCUUCUCGGGCGCGAUAGACGACAACCUCAUGCUGCAAAGAUCGCGAGAUGCCACCAAUACCUCAUCCGUUGACGAUGAUCUUUACCAUUCUAUGGCCAACACUAGCACUUUCAUCGCGGGGGUAUUGGCCAAGGACGCUUCUUUUGGCGCAGACAUUCAGUUGACGUCAACGUGGAGCACUCCUCUGACAGAUAUAGUGAGCCAUGAUCUCGCUAUCACCCUUGACAAUUUAUUAGUAUGGCAGCGUCUCUUUGUUCUGGGGAUGCCUAGCCUGGUCCAUUUGAGAGAGCGCUUGUUGUCAACCGACCCCAAGACCAAUAAUGUCGCCACCAAACUGCUCUUCGCAGUGUUCUGUCUGACUGCUUGUGAAGGCUCAGAGGAGGUUCGCCGUCGGAAUGCGUCUCUCAAAGAAAGUCUACAGCAGGCUGUCUCGUCCCACGGCCAGGAGUUCAUCUUCAGUCCUCCCACGCAUAUCGACUCCAUUAUUCUUUGUCGGUUUUUAUCGACAUUCAAGCCAACGGCUUUAGCCACAUCCAAAAGGGUGGCACCUCAAUCCGUUAAAGCCGAGCUGUAUAUUACCCUUGCAUACCGGAUCGCAGAGCGGCUAAGAUUAUUACCCGAGCCAGGGAUCAUGCCAUUCAUGGAGACAAUGACCAUUGACAGUGUCGAGAUGGAGCGUGAGCUUAUCCUGUCUAUUCAGGGACUUCAGCUGAUUGCCGAGGAAUUCCUUCUUGGGGACUUUCUGACAAUGACCCUGCAUGCCUACCGGCAGGUCCUCCAACGGAUGCAGCCGCAUAUCGACUCCUAUCAGGUGCUAUUGCAAACAAGACCCUGUUCACCAAUCAUGAUCUUCCAUAUCAAAUGGACCACAGCAACCUAUAUGCAGAUCGAGGCGAUGGCAAACUCGAGGCAAUGCUGGAUGAAUCCCAAUCGGCUAUUUAUCGUUGUUGAAGAGGGCGAAAAGAAAUGCUUCGCGGAAAUCAACUCUGCGUAUGAGUUGUUGUCAGAGGCAGCUGGAGCUGGAAAGCAGAAUGAGCUCAUGGCCAUGUGCUCACUGCUAGAGCUGCGUUUCCAUGGAGUGAUUGCCAGGAUGCUUGGCCUCGGGUUAUUCUUUACAUCAGUCCUUCAAGCAAGGGCACAGAAGGAUCAACCGCAGAAUAACACGGAAAUUCUCCGGGAGGAAGCUACCCAGAUGGGUACUACCGUCAUUAACUCCUUGAUGACAACCCCUGACUCUGAAAGGGCCUCGCAUUUCUUCAAUUUCCUGCGCCAUUUUGGGGGACGGUAUCCAGACAAGCUGCAAGGGAUUCUGGCCAAAUUUAUGGAGUGCACGACAAUAAAGCUGGGUGGCAACAACUACAUUGCGCCAGUCCGUCCAAUAGUAAUGGAGAUUGUGAACCAAUGCAAGAAUAUCGUCGAAAAUAACCUGAUUCGAUUCAAGGCUUCAGGAAGACUGCAUUCCAGCUUUGACAAACAACUCGACCUUUUCACACAAUGUGCCCAUCAGCUAGCAGCCAUGGUGGCCCAAGGAAACUCGCCAGAGGCUGCCUUUAGUAGUGGCUGUGUGUAUGCCGCAAGCAGUAAGAUGGUCUACGGGCUGUGCGAUUUGAUGAAAAGUUUGAAGCUGCAGGCUUCUCUAGUCAAGGACUGGGACGACGCCAUGGGUGUGGUAAAUCUACCCGCAACUACGACCGAGCCCCCUGCCAUGCCAACCAUGCAGUUCAGUUCCUUCGAGGCAUGGAACCUGUGGCCGUAUCCUGAUACAAUGGACCGUAUUCCUCAACCGCAGAAUAUGUUUGACUGGAGUCUACCGCUAUCUACAACCGAGUUUCCGAAUACGACAACUGGUUUUCCUAACACUGUUGAUUUCCCGGGCACGACUACUGGGCUCGAUGACAGUCUGCUAUCGUUUACACAAUAA